CUGGCUCGCUCACAGGGCCUCUACUUGCACGUUGGCGGGCAGGUGGCCGUUCGUGUGCCCAUUGGUGGUGUAGGUGGUGUGCUCGUUGGUGUGGGCGUAUGCAUGGCCGUUGGUGUGGGCGUACGGGGCUCGUACGCACGAGUUGGGGCCACAUGGCGGCAGCGUUUCAUUCAUGGCCUCCAAAAUGACCGCACCCAUCACGUCGAAAUCACCAUCCUGAUGAGUGAGUGCAUGAGGCGGACAGACCAGACCAGACGGGAAGAGACAAUGCGUGACAUGAGUGUGUGUAUGUUGUGCCGGCGUACGUCAAAUUGGAGAGGCAGCCGGACAUCACACGCCUUUGGAAUCAUCUCCUCCGUCGACGGCACAUUCAGAUCCGACAAAUCGCAGUAGCGCCUGCACACAAGGACACACACACACACGCAGACACAUACCAACCGAAGGAUACACUCAGCAGGUCGUUUUUCCUCCUGCCGUCUGUCUGCUGGCAUGUACCAGUUGCGGAUGUUUCUGGCGUUGUCCUUGUCGCCGAAGAUGCUGACCGGGACGCCUCGCUUGGCACAUGCACUUAGGAAGGCCUGCGUGGCCGCGGGGGUCACACACUCUCCUGCACACACACACGCAGACACGCAGAGAUACUCGUGUGCUGGGCCCUGUGUGUGUUGCCUGAGUGUGGGCGAGAGAAGAGAACAUACCGACGAGGUUGAAUUGUAUGCUGUCGCCCACGAUCGACACGGCUGGGUACUGACGCGGCACACGCACAUACGCCGAUCCGCUGACAUACGUGUCACGCCACGCAGAGAGAGACAGAGAGAGAUGGAGUAUCUCGUGUGCUUGUGUGUGUGUGGUAGUGUAGUGUAGUACCUUUCUAGUUGAGCCUGCAGUCGGUAGUAUCUUCUGUUGUAUGUCUGUAUCCGCUGCUCAAUGGUGGCGAUCUGCGGCAGCAGCACACUCGCCGCCAAGUUGCUCAUCCGCAGGCUGUAGUUGGGCGUCUGAACGCACAUUGGCCACAUGAGAACAGUUCAUUGGCUUCUCCCUCCCUCCCUCCCUCCCUCCCUCUGCUCACCUCUCUCUUGAUGCGCUCGAAAACCGCCUUCGGUGGGGCCACGAUGUGCUUCUCGUAGCUGACAGCCGACAACAAACGCACCACAUAAUCUAUUAAUGGCGAGGAAGGAAGGCAUGGCCGUCUUCGUGUGUGUGUUUGCUUACAGCUUCUCGUAGCACCCGGCGUAGCAGAUGGCCUUGGCAGCGAUGACAUCGUCGUUGGUCGCCAGAAAGCCGCCCUCGCCGGAAUUCAGCAGCUUGUAGCUCUGCGAACUGACGACGAACAAGACACACAGUGUUCAGAUGUGUGGUUGAGGGCAUCCAUCCAUCCUUUAGAGUACCUGAAGCAGGCGGCCUUUCCGAAGUUGCCCAUGAGUGUGCCGUUCCACCGCACCCCGAGUGCAUGGGCGGCGUCCUCGACGAGGGUGAUCUUGAGGCGCCGACAGACAUCCAUGACGGCACACAUGUCGGGCACCUUGCCGCGCAUGUACGUCAGACACAAAUACCUAAUGAAUGAAGGCAUCAAGCAGAGAGAAAACCAAACCCCCGACACAUCACAUCGUCUGGGUGACCCCCUCCUCUCCUGCCAUCUUAUCUCACCGUGCAUUGUGCAUUUUGGCUUUUCUCUCGAGGUCAGUGGGGUCGAUGACAUAGUGGUCGGUGCAGUCGACGAACACCGGCCUGGCGCCGCAGUGCUCCACCGCACUCGGCACGGCCGUGAAGGAAAACCCGUUGCACAACACCACGUCGUUGGACUGCACACCCACACACUGACACCACACAACACGGCAACACACACAGGAGGGUGUGUCCAUCCAUGGUUAUAGAAUGAAUGCAGUGGAUCGUAUGGCCCACCUUGAGAGCGAGGAAGAUAGCGCUGCCGCAGCUGUUGACGCCGACGGCAUACUUGAGGCCGACGUACUUGGCGAACUCCCGCUCGCACAACGAGACAUCACUCUGGUUGUCGCUGUGGUUGUAGCGGUACAUGCGGCCCUCUGACAUGAUCGCCUGCAUACACACACAGACACAACAGGCGACAUAGAUGAGAUGGCGCACCCAGUCCCGCAAGUAAGCACAUCACAGAUCUGUGCCUCGCUGCCUGUCUGGUGCCCCUGCGUGUGCCUUAUCGCGUGUGUCUGUGUCCUUUCACUGACCACGGCCCGUUGGAUGCCCUCCUGCGGCACCGGGUCGGGCGUCUUGAUGUCUUUGCUGAAGUGCAGCACCAUCGGAAUAGACCCCCGACACGCAGAUCAGGCAGAUGCCGUAGGAGAGGAAGGCAGUGCAGAGCUCAGGAUGGCACUUGAGUUGCGGAGAUAGGAAAAUUUUGCAGACCCGGC